CGCCUUGCUUUGCAUUGCAUUGCCUCGGCUCGCCUUUUGCACGGCGGCGGAGGCGGCCCGGGCCGGGGAGACAGAGCAGGAGAGACUCGGCUGGCUGGCUGGCCCGGAGCGGGCGGUGCAUGGGGCGGCCGCCGGCAUGGCAGGGGCCGGCUGGGCCCCUCCGCACCUGGAGGACUUCAUCCUGACUGAGCGACUCGGCAGCGGCACCUACGCCACCGUCUUCAAAGCCUACAGGAAAAAGAACGCCCGGGAAGUGGUAGCCAUCAAGUGCGUCAACAAGAAGACCCUCAACAAGGCGUCCGUGGAGAACCUGUUGACAGAAAUUGAGAUCCUGAAGACCAUCCGCCACCCACACAUUGUGGAGCUGAAGGACUUCCAGUGGGACAAAGAAAACAUCUACCUGAUCAUGGAGUUCUGUGCUGGGGGUGACCUGUCUCGCUUCAUCCACACCCGAAGGAUCCUCCCCGAGAAGGUGGCUCAAAUCUUUCUGCAGCAGCUUGCCUGUGCCUUGAAGUUCCUUCACGACAGGAACAUCUCCCAUUUGGACCUGAAGCCUCAGAAUAUCCUGCUUAGCUCUCUGCAAAAGCCUCAUCUCAAGCUGGCAGAUUUCGGAUUUGCGCAGCACAUGUCCCCAUGGGACGAGAAACACGUGCUGAGGGGUUCGCCUCUUUACAUGGCUCCAGAGAUGGUGUGCAGCCGGCAGUACGAUGCCCGUGUGGAUCUGUGGUCCGUGGGGGUGAUUCUCUAUGAGGCCCUGUUUGGGAGACCGCCUUUUGCUUCCAAGUCAUUUGCCGAGCUGGAGGACAAGAUCCGCAGCGAUCAGCCCAUUGAGUUGCCCACCCGUCCAUGGCUCUCAUCGGAGUGCCGGAACCUUCUCCAGCGCCUCCUGAAGCGGGACCCCCAGCAACGCAUCUCCUUCCAGGAGUUCUUCACCCACCCCUUUGUCGACAUGGAACACAUGCCUAGUGCUGAAAGUCUGGACAAAGCAACCUCGAUUGUAACGGAAGCUGUGAAGAAGGACCAAGAAGGGGAUUAUUCAGCUGCCCUGUCACUGUAUUCCAAGGCCUUAGAAUAUUUCGUCCCUGCUUUGCGCUAUGAAGUUGAUGCUCGCAGGAAAGAAGCCAUCCGGGCCAAGGUGAGCCAGUACAUCUCUCGAGCAGAGCAACUGAAAGUCCUGGUCGCCUCCGAUAACAAAGCUCUCCUGCAACUCGGGCAUCCGGCAAGGGACAUCCUGAAAGAAAUGUCAAAGAACAAACCUCGUCUUUAUGCGGCGUUGGAAGUUGCGGCGGUGGCCGUGGCCAAGGAGGAGGAAGGCAGCGACGACGGCGAAACGCUCGAGUUGUACCAGCAGAGCCUGGGGGAGCUCUUGCUUAUGUUAGCAGCUGAGCCUGCGGGGAGAAGAAGGGAGCUGUUGCACGCAGAGAUCCAGUCGCUGAUGGGGCGAGCGGAAUACCUAAAAGAACAGAUAAAGAUGAAGGAGUCGCGAUUGGAAGCCGAGGCCAUGGGCAAGGAGGGCCUGCCAGACUCUGUGCGGAGCUCCUGUACUUUACAGUGACCCUGCAUGCCUGGCUUCUCUCCUCUGGAUUCAGUGCCUUGUCCGGCGAGCCACAGACAAUCCUCCCACCCCGACACCGAUCCGCAGCCGAGGCUGAUGGGCAUUUGUAUGAAACUGCAGUUAAUUUGUAUACACACCGGGUGCCCUUACUGCACGCCCCGGGGUUGUAAAAACUUGUGUUUGCUUUUACGCGGGGAGAGCGUUAUUUAUUGAUAUACCCAUCUGUUGUAAAAAUUAUUUUUUUUGUUGUGCGUUGUUGAACAAAAAACACGAAGCACUUGAGCUUAAAUGCAAA